UCGACGUAACCGUGAAGGAUGUUGCUGGCUUUUCUGAAAAACUUGCUCCUCCUGUUCCUCCCGGGAGAGGUCUGAGAGCUCGUUCACCAUCGUGAAACGCUGAUUUCAGCCCGUGAUUCGAAGAAAUGAGGGCCCCGUGGCUGCUGCUGAUUCUCGCUAGGAUCCUCGAGAUGGUCCUCGGGGACCACGUGUGUCACCGUAAUCACACCGACAUCAGCAUUCCCGAUCAAAGAUCAUCGGAGAUUCUGUCCAGACGAAGGCGACUCACUUUUCCAAUGGGCAGCACAUUUGUGCUGACGCUGUCCAUAUUGCAACCGAUUCAAAUUAAACUACCCAGCAACUGGAAUCUCGAUUUCGAGUUCGAUGUAAUUUGGCCGAUACCGCAGCAAGAGAAUUUCCGGAAAAAAUAUCACAAGAAGAGGCCGUGGAUGGUGAAACGACGUCAUCGUCGCGAAUUGUACGGCACUUUUGAGACCGCGUUGAAUAGUCGGAACCUACCAGGAAAACAGUGCAUUCUCAGGACGAUUUGCGAGGCAAAAACGCUGUUGAGUCCACGAGGAGUGUCAUUUGUGGAAGACGUUAUUCGAUUGAUAUUAAGCAACGUUGAACGUGUGAAGGAAGUGGAUUCCUACGACGUUGCUUACAGAACAAAGAUGCCAUGUGACGUUAUUUAUCCUUGUCCAUUUUCUCUCUUGAAGCUGUUACUCUUUAACUUGUACUCCGACGAUCUAGGUUAA